UUAAAUAAUACAGUCAUUGCUGAACUUCACAGAGACAGAGUUGGAGGUGUGAGUCUCUACGACGUGUUUUUAAUAUUUGGGAAAUCCUUAUCAGUAGUGUGUCCUGCCUAUUUGCAGACUGAAAACAUUGUUUCUCUGAAUGACUGAUAACCUCAAAUUGAGAAAACUUGUCAAAAAAUUCCCAACAUUCCUCCAGAAAGGGGGGAAAAAAAUAAGGAAAAUGAUACCUAGGAAAAUAUGCAAGCCUGUUACAUUUAUUUGUAUCCUAAGCAGCAGUGUCAUAGAACAGACAGUUUGUUUCAGCCAACCAGACUGGAGCAGCUGCGAGUGCUACAUCUUGGCAGUCUGAAGCGAUUGGCUCCUCUCUGGGGAGUGGAGGGUGUUCAGUUAUUAAUGACCGCUGAGCAGGCAGCACCAUGUCAGUGUGACAACUGAUCGGGUGAACGAUGCACCACUAACCACCAUGGAAACAAGGAAAAAUAAAGCCAGCUCACAGGAUCUCUCUUCACUGGACUGAGAGCCUCAGCCUGCCGACUGAGAAAAAGAGUUCCCGGAAAAAGAAGGAAUCCUGGCUGCAGCCUUCUGCCUUCCUUUAUAUUUUAAAAUACAGAGAUAAGAUUACGUGCAUGUGUGCAUAUCUAUAGUACAUAUUUGUGUACACUUUGUUACAUAGACACGCAAAUGCACCUAUUUACACCGGGCAAGAACACAACCAUGUGAUUAUCUCAACCAAGGAACUGAGGAAUCCAGCACGCAGGGACAUCGGAGGUGGGCUAGAACUGAAACUGCUUUUUGAGGAAGUGAAGCAUUCCACAGAUAAUCAGCUACUCUACUCAGGGAAGGAGUUUAAACGUCACCACUUUUUGCAUGUCUGCAUAAAAAAGGCCCACUGAAUCAGUUAAAGGUUAACAUCAAUAGGCAACAUUCUCUAUUUCCAAAGGCCUGAAGCUCCUGGGAUCUAAAUUCCUGAGGAACAAUGGAAGAGGCACUGUUUCCCACUUGGUACAAAACAGGACUUGAGGAAUGGCAGAAUGUGUUCUUCCGGGAUUAAGGCCCGGAAGGUGAAGCUUGGGACUCACAACACUUAAAGACAAGGAAGAGGAGGAGAAAGAGAAAGAAGAGGAAGAUGUUGGGCAACAUUUAUUUAACAUGCUCCACAGCCUGGAACCUGGAGCUCAUAGGAAGAGGCCUGAAAAUGGAGUCGGGAACCUGGGACAGAGUUCAGGAGCCAUCACUGAUAUGGCCCUCCAACUUUGACCACCUCAUGAAAUCUCUCUGAGUCAUCACCUGUAAACAUCAUGCCGCUAUUCCUGCAAAUACUGAACAAGCAUGGGAUUUGAAUAUUAUACUUCUAAAUAAAUGAAUUACUCAAUCUCCUAUGACCAUCUAUACAUACUCCACCUUCAAAAAGUACAUCAAUAUUAUAUCAUUAAGAAAAUAGUAACCUUCUCUUCUCCAAUAUGCAUGACAUUUUUGGACAAUGCAAUUUUGGCACUGGCACUUAUUUCAGUGAAGAAAAACUUUGUGGUUCUAUGGCAUUCAUCAUUUGACAAAUGCAAGUAUCUUCCUUAUCAAUCAGCUCCUAUUGAACUUACUAGCACUGACUGUGGAAUCCUUAAGGGCCCAUUACAUUUCUGAAGAAGAAAGCUAAGAUGAAGGACAUGCCACUCCGAAUUCAUGUGCUACUUGGCCUAGCUAUCACUACACUAGUACAAGCUGUAGAUAAAAAAGUGGAUUGUCCACAGUUAUGUACGUGUGAAAUCAGGCCUUGGUUUACACCCAGAUCCAUUUAUAUGGAAGCAUCUACAGUGGACUGUAAUGAUUUAGGUCUUUUAACUUUCCCAGCCAGAUUGCCUGCUAACACACAGAUUCUGCUCCUGCAGACUAACAAUAUUGCAAAAAUUGAAUACUCCACAGACUUUCCAGUAAACCUUACUGGCCUGGAUUUAUCUCAAAACAAUUUAUCUUCGGUCACCAAUAUUAAUGUAAAAAAGAUGCCUCAGCUCCUUUCUGUGUACCUAGAGGAAAACAAACUUACUGAACUGCCUGAAAAAUGUCUGUCAGAACUGAGCAACUUACAAGAACUCUAUAUUAAUCACAACUUGCUUUCUGCAAUUUCACCUGGAGCCUUUAUUGGCCUACAUAAUCUUCUUCGACUUCAUCUCAAUUCAAAUAGAUUGCAGAUGAUCAACAGUAAGUGGUUUGAUGCUCUUCCAAAUCUAGAGAUUCUGAUGAUUGGGGAAAAUCCAAUUAUCAGAAUCAAAGACAUGAACUUUAAGCCUCUUAUCAAUCUUCGCAGCCUGGUCAUAGCUGGUAUAAACCUCACAGAAAUACCAGAUAAUGCCUUGGUUGGACUUGAAAACUUAGAAAGCAUCUCCUUUUAUGACAACAGGCUUAUUAAAGUACCCCAUGUUGCUCUUCAAAAAGUUGUAAAUCUCAAAUUUUUGGAUCUAAAUAAAAAUCCUAUUAAUAGAAUACGAAGGGGUGAUUUUAGCAAUAUGCUACACUUAAAAGAGUUGGGGAUAAACAAUAUGCCUGAGCUGAUUUCCAUCGAUAGUCUUGCUGUGGAUAACCUGCCAGAUUUAAGAAAAAUAGAAGCUACUAACAACCCCAGAUUGUCUUACAUUCACCCCAAUGCAUUUUUCAGACUCCCCAAGCUGGAAUCACUCAUGCUGAACAGCAAUGCCCUCAGUGCCCUGUACCAUGGUACCAUUGAGUCUCUGCCAAACCUCAAGGAAAUCAGCAUACACAGUAACCCCAUCAGAUGUGACUGUGUCAUCCGUUGGAUUAAUAUGAACAAAACCAACAUUCGAUUUAUGGAGCCAGAUUCACUGUUUUGUGUGGACCCACCUGAAUUCCAAGGUCAGAAUGUUCGGCAAGUGCAUUUCAGGGACAUGAUGGAAAUUUGUCUCCCUCUUAUAGCUCCUGAGAGCUUUCCUUCAAAUCUAAAUGUAGAAGCUGGGAGUUAUGUUUCCUUACACUGUAGAGCUACUGCAGAACCACAGCCUGAAAUCUACUGGAUAACACCUUCUGGUCAAAAACUCUUGCCUAAUACCCUGACAGAAAAUUUCUAUGUCCAUUCUGAAGGAACACUAGAAAUAAAUGGCAUAACUCCCAAAGAAGGGGGUUUAUAUACUUGUAUAGCAACUAACCUAGUUGGCGCUGACUUGAAGUCUGUUAUGAUCAAAGUGGAUGGAUCUUUUCCACAGGAUAACAAUGGCUCUUUGAAUAUUAAAAUAAGAGAUAUUCAGGCCAAUUCAGUUUUGGUGUCCUGGAAAGCAAGUUCUAAAAUUCUCAAAUCUAGUGUUAAAUGGACAGCCUUUGUCAAGACUGAAAAUUCUCAUGCUGCGCAAAGUGCUCGAAUACCAUCUGAUGUCAAGGUAUAUAAUCUUACUCAUCUGAACCCAUCAACUGAGUAUAAAAUUUGUAUUGAUAUUCCCACCAUCUAUCAGAAAAACAGAAAAAAAUGUGUAAACGUCACCACCAAAGGUUUGGACCCUGAUCAAAAACAGUAUGAAAAGAGUAAUACCACAACACUUAUGGCCUGUCUUGGAGGCCUUCUGGGGAUUAUUGGUGUGAUAUUUCUUAUCAGCUGCCUCUCUCAAGAAAUGAACUGUGAUGGUGGACAUAGCUAUGUGAGGAAUUACUUACAGAAACCAACUUUUGCAUUAGGUGAGCUUUAUCCUCCUCUGAUAAAUCUCUGGGAAGCAGGAAAAGAAAAAAGUACAUCAUUGAAAGUAAAAGCAACUGUUAUAGGUUUACCAACAAAUGUCGUAAAAACCACCAACUAAACCUACUCCAAACACGAACAAAAAAAAGCUAAAGACUGCAGUUGUGUUAAAAACAAAACAAAACAAACAAACAAAAAACAACAUAAAGAAAGAUUACUUUCGAGAGAAAAGUUUAAGCUUCACCAAUGCUGCUCCUGACCAAUGGAAAUAUGUAUAACGUCAGCAUUUUAAGUAACUGGCUUCAAGGGGUACUGUGGCAACCAAAUAAAAUAACUCCAUUUUCUAAAACUUUCAUGUAACUUUUAUGUCUGGACUACAGUUAAAGUGGACAAAAACAUUUCUGUAUUUUUUUUAAGUAUAUAAGAGUAGUUGAACUGAGCAAUACCUCCUCCUGUGUUGUAUUACACAUAUUAGCCACGAGUUUUUGCAGUGACCAGAUAAACUUGACACAUGGUGUAAUAAAAUGGACAAAUUCUGUAGAGUAGACACAGUGAGUAUGUGGACCUCUUUUAUAAGGAAAAAUACAUUUUGGAUUAAAAUCAAUUGCUUUUGUCUUGUUUUGUUUCUAAAUAAAGAGUAAUUUCUGGGAAA